AGUUUUGACUUUUUUAGAAGAAGGUGCUUACUUUUUUAGGGAACAGUAAGCGAAGGUCAGGAUUGGUAACCUAGUGCUUUUUAGAAUCAAAGUGGGACUUCUGAUAGAAUCAAGAACUAGACUAGAUCCAUGCUUUUCUUUUAGGAGUAGCACCCACCGUUGAAAGUAACUCGCCCCACGUAGAAUUUAUAGCAUUUGCAUUCUGCAUGUAUUUGCGUGCGUCGUUCACUUUUAAAGAACAAAAGUCGCAUGCUAGAAUAAGAUCCAUAGGAGUCGAAAUUUCCUCAUAUCCUAUCAAUCUUAUCUAUCAAUAGGUUCGUAAGACGCUCAAGAAAGCUUGAGAGCCGCAGUAGUGUUCUACUUCCCCCGAGAUAGUUCAUCUUGAUCACGACCGCUAUCAUCUACCAGCUCUCGUUAGUUUUAUCUCCUCUGUCUUUGUUGGUUUUUCUUUUGCAAUUUCACCUUACAACGUAUAGCAAUUCAUUCAUUCAUAUAGCACCAUUUUCCAAAGCUUGUUCUUCAUCCUUCUGUCACAAAUAAUGGCCUCUAGUACAACAAUUCGGAGUUCUUCUGCUGGUGAUCCUCCUGUACAGGACGAGGACCACCAGGAUACAUAGCAAGCAGCUAUCUCCUCUCCUGUCAGAUCCACACGUCCAAGCAGCUCUCAACCUUUCCGACCAAGCAGCUGAAUCGAUGCUGUCGAUUCCGUUUGUGAAGCCCUAUGAGAAGCAGAAGAGAGACUGGGGAAGUGCCGCUCUAUGUCUACUGCUACGAUCGUGCGCAAUAUGAUGAACAGGAGGACUGUAAAUUAGACUGGGAAAACAAGUACGAAGUCAUGUCCCGAAUGGCACAGCACUACGACACUGUCCAGAAUGUAAGGAUGGAAGAAACGAAAGUGUUGGUGAAAAGCGCAAGGAUGAGCGGGCCUCUAUGUGGAGGACCUACUCACUCAACAGGACGACUAGGUAGAAAGGACUCGCCCGCAGCUUCUUGUAAAAGCCUACGACCUUCAGCAGAAGAAGAGCAGUUAUUCACAGCCGGUUUUAGGCUCGUCAACUUGUUUUCCAAGGACCACAAUGAUAAUUUUCUGAAGGACGAUGGAUAAUGACAAUACAACUGCUCCUGUUGCGGAUGUGAAUGGCAAUCAACAGUUGAAGACUUACGAUGAAACGGAGAGCUUUGUUCGCAGCAAACUUCUGCCGGUUGCGCUGAGUGCAGUUGUAGAGAAUGUGGGGAAUUCUUUGAAACAUGAUCAACAGUCACGCUCACAAUCGUGAAGAAAAAACUUCAUGGGAGCCAGUACAUGCUGGAAUUUUCGACUUCACCUUCAGAAACAGUAAGCCAGUGGAUGGCUUUCCUGGUGGCGCUCCUGCUCCUCAAGCGCAUUGCGACUUCUCGAAGGAGAGUGGGUUGACCAGGAUGAAACGAGUUUUGGAAGGGAAUGAGGCCGUACAACAUACAUGGACCUACGCGUCUACAAAUGUAGCACAGGAACAGGGUGAAGGCUCCUCUUUUGGCGUGCCGUCUGGUGGCAUCAGAUCGCCAUCCAACUGUUUUUUCAAUACAGAAAAGCAAUUUCGAGAUUUCGUAUAUCAUGAACUGCCACUGGUAUCAGAGGAAGUAACGGAUGAUGUAGGAGGUUCCACAUCCUGCUCUACUGACAACGAGGACAAGUCUACUGCUCAGGAGAAUCCAAACUCUAUUUCAUUCUGAACCGUCCGCUUCGUCCACUACCGCAUCCUCUGGCUCUGCUUCUGA